AUUCAUCAAACAGAAGCUAAUAGCCAAUCAAAUCACUUCUAACAAAUGAGACCCUCGCACCAAACAUUGUUUACAAAUGGCUACUGGUGGUCCACAGGGAUAUCCCAAAUGGCUUUUAAACUGCAAACAGGGCAUCACCGAUUCAAAGGACUGGAAUGUCUUUGUGAGAGAGUUACAUGAUGCCAUACAGCAGCAGCUCACAGAGAGCCAUGUCCAAUACUUCAGUGAUCUGUCUGAGGCAGAGAAAGAGCUAUUCAUGCAGAGGGCAACCAAAGCACUGGAAGGAGGGACCUCAUACAAUAACAUGAUGAAGAAGGUGUCAGUGGUUAUGGAUCAGAGUUUGAAUGAGGAAGUGUCCCGACAGUUACUAGAGGAAUCUCCGAUGGACACAAAAUCUGAUCUAAUCAUAGAGAGUGCCGAAGAAGGGACACUUAGUUUGCUGAAAAAGUGGCCGGAUAUGAAGGAGAAACUACAAGUCUGUUUAAAUCAGCCACUCCCCACUCAACUACGGCAGGUUGCAUGGCGACUUUAUCUCAGUGAUACGAAAGUGAGGAAAAAGUACAUUGAUUUGUUAAACACCAACCCAAGAGCUGCCAUAUCUCAGUAUGAUUACGAGAUAUCUCAGAAAUGUGACCAGCUCCUGAACUCGGAGCCAACCUUUGCUGACCUCAAAGGAUCUGUAGGUAAUUUCUAUGGAAUGAAGGCAGUCCUCUCAUAUCACCACUCAUCUCAGAAAACCCAGAACAGACUACGAGAUGUCGACCAUUUGUUGGUUGUACCAUUUGUAGAAGUGGCACGCUCAAGCAUGCCUAAGAAAGAACCUCCUUCAGGAAGAGUUGUUGCCCUUUUGGUUGAGGAGUUUGAAACAUUUAUGAAACAGCGCCCUGGUUUUGUGGAAGAUUCUGGAUCAGAGUUACACAAUGAAGAAGUUAGAGCUUUCAUUGAUAAAGUUGCCACAAUGCUCACUGCUAAAUAUCCAGAGUCUGUGAAAAACAUUGUGGAAAAAUUCAGUCCUUCAAAAGAGAAGAUUGUAGCCACAGAGGCUGGUAAUCAGGCUGUCUUGAGAGAAGGGUUAAUGGCAAUCUGUCGUCCUAUGUUACGAUCCCUCUUUGUUUCCUACUUGAACCCUAACACUCUACUCUAUGUAUGGGAUAACUACAUCAUUGGUCUUGAUACCCCUGGGUUUACUACAGAAUGGCUGGCCAUAGUCUUAGUCACUAUACUAGCUCUCACCAAGGAUAAAAUCAAAGAGGCAACAUCUCCUGCAUCUUUAGAGAAAAUACUGAAAACUGAGAGCUGCAGACUGACUGUUCCACAGUUCCAGUAUGAGGUAAAACAGCAUUAUUACAAGGACCUUUUCUCCAUGAUCACCAGAGAUUCUAAAGCGGCCAUUCCUGUACUUGACCCAACUCAAGCUCAGCACCCUCCCUGGAGACACUGGUACAAUGAUGUGAUCCCGCCCUUCACCAAACCGCAGGACCGACGGAAGGCCCGAGAGGAGAGAGAGGCCGAGAGGGAGAGGUUGGCUCAACAACAGAAGGAUGCAGAAACUGCGAGGCAUGAACAGGAAGCCAGGGACAGGAGAGAUGAGGAAGAGGAGUAUCUGAAGUUGUCUGCCCUUGACAGACAGAGAGUGGAGAUGGAGAGAAUUAAAUUAGAGGAACAGAUACAAGAGGAAAGGAGGCGAAGAGUAGAAGCUGAAAGACACGCAUCAGAUGAGAUCGAGAGACUAAGACUGGAGGUUGCUGCCUUGAAGAACCAGAAACCACCAACUCCUGCAUACAGUCCUGCUCCAAGUGUGUCAUCAUACAUUAGUCGACAGUUGCUGGCUCCACCCCCAUCUCGAGUCUCCAGCCAUGUCAGACCUCCCCCGCAGACGGUGGUGGCCGUAAAGAAGGUCAGGACCCCCACCCCAGUACAGACCCCCGUGGAGCAAAAAAAUAAAAUUGUGGCGGACUUCCUUAACAGAGUGCUAUUUGGAAUAAACAAAGUUGCACAUGCAGAAGAUCAGUUUGUAGAAAAGGAAGAACUGGACAAGGCUACGGAGGGGUACCUGGUACAGAAUGUCAAAGACAUCAAACAAGCUCAGAAAGAAAUAUUUGGCAAACAUCUUAAGCCAGGCGAGUUCGACAAACUUUCAGCAAAAGAUCAACAAGACAAGAGUGAGGCCAUGAUCAGACUAAUGCAGAAAUGGCGAGAGGACAGGAGAGCCAAAGAACUAGCCAGAAACAAGGAUGCAUUUUAAUGUAAACCAUCCAUCACAGUGCGACGUCAAAGCUUGUGUUGUUCCACCUAGUAGUUCACAUACAAUACAGAGUAGUGUUCAUGUUCACAGGAAGUGCAGAGUAGGGUUCAUGUUCACAAGAAGUGCAGAGUAGGGUUCAUGUUCACAAAGAACAGAGUAGUGUUCACAUUCACAAUCAAUAUGGAGUAGUGUUCAUGUUCACAAAAUGUAUUGAGCAUACAAUUAGUGUUCAUGAACAGAAGGAGUGCAUUGUACAAUUCAUGUUUACAAACAGAACUGCUCAGAUAUGUUUACAAGAAGCAGUUCAAAGUAGUAUUCAUGUUCACUCCUUCUCUGCUGGUCAGAGACAAAAUUAUCAAAGAUUUCAGAACACAAUUGCAACUUUUUUAUGUUUCAAAAAUGCAUUUAUAUUGGCCUUUCCUCAAAUGUGUGUUCAUCAAUUUAACGAUAAGAUCUGGUAUGGUCGAAGCUUAGAUUUGAUUGGGUAAAGCUUCGUAAGGCCACUAUUUAUCAUGGAGCCCAAUAUUUUAUUUGGUUCUGUGGUAUCCUGUGACAGAUUUGACUUUUAUGUGUGUAAUGACUGUAUUCCGUCCAUACCAUCAGCUAAUGCUUAGAUGUCAUCUGUAGGAUUCUUCGACUUGUAAAACUUCAAUAAAAGAAUUUAAUUAUUGAG